CACAGCAGUGGCUCAUUUUGCCCCUCCCCAAAGUAUCCCUCCCUUCCCUCUGCACAACAUGGCAGCGGCGGCGGAAGCUGAUGAAGCAUCCACCGUUGGGAUAUCGAAGCUGCUUGCCAAAUUCUACCUCGGUUCGCAUCGGGUCUCCAUCCGUGGUCUGGAGCUGACGAGCAUCGGGCGGGCGCAAAGGCAGGCUGGUAUCGUUGCCUUGAAAAAGCAUAUUGAAUCGGACGGAUUUGACGAAAGUUAUGCGCCGAUCGUUUGUCUCGUUAACCCACUCCCUCAAGAGCAGUCACUUGGCACGGUGUUGGCCGCCGGAGACAUAAAAUUGAGAGUCAUCGACGGAAAUCACAGGGUGGCAGCUUUACAGCAGAUUGAUGAAGAGACAAAACCCACCUCACCGAGGGUCAUCAGUGUUCGGGUUCACCAGCCGAUGCCUCAGGCAACAGAGAGAAUGGUAGCAGCAGGCUGCAACCGAAUUUCUUCGAACGUGGUCAAGACCCUCCUCGUGGACGAAGUGGUGUGGUACAGAUCUGUUAUCCAUGCACUACAAGAACAACACCAAGGCAGUACCGCCAUGACCAACGACCAGAUCCUUAAAGCGAUCAAGAAAGACUUCGCGAACCAAAGCCAAAAAGCGCCCGCGAAUCAGACCCUCAAGAAGUGGAUUGGCAUUGCUCUCAACAUCACACCCUAUGGCCUCGAGGCGCUGAGGGACCUCAGCUAUCUUCCCGGGCGUGAGCCCAAUCACCCUGACCUCACUAGCUUGGACUACAAACGCGUGACGUUGAAGCUGGUGGAAAGAACAAAGUUCCAGGGCAUGAACAAGUGGCAGCAGGAAGCGUAUGUCUAUCGGUUGGCAAAGGGCGCCAUCACGACCAACAAGCAGCUCAACGACGAGCAGUGCAAGACCCUCGACAGUACGGCGGAGACUAUCGCGCAGGAAAUUGAGCGGGUCGAGAGCAUCAUCCCUCGUGCAGAGUGGUCGGAGGGCUUCAAACGCGGCAUGAGGAAAGUCAUGAUUGGAGGACUCCAAAGUCGCUACUACGGGCACCUGAUCGGCUUACAGACGAACGUCGAAGCCUAUAAAAAGACGCUCCCGGAGAAGAUGGAGGUUUCCAAAGAUCACAUCAACAUGCUUCUUCGAGAGCCUCACGCCAGCACACUCCUCCAGGACGACCCUGAGAUGAAACCCAAAUGGGAAGCAUACGCGAAAGGAAAAAAAGAUAUAGAGCAGACUAGUGUGUCCGACAAGGCCGACUUCGUUCAGAAGGGUAAAGCCCCUGCUGCGGAUGCAGGCUCUGGAUCCAAGCAAGGGAAAGGUAAAGGACCGACUACCACCCCCGCGGCAGCAGCGGAUGCACCCGCUGCGACAUCAUCGGCAACGUCUACAUCGUCGGCUGGCCCGUCCUCAGACCCUCCAACCUCGUCGGGAGGGAGUUCCGGGACGAAGGACAGCGCUGCAGCUACAACGGGCGGAGCAUCGACCAACACUGGAGACAAGGGAAACAUGGAGAAAGAGGUGCCCGUGGUGCCAGCCAAGAGGAAGAGAGCCGCACCGGCGCCCACGAUUGCUCCAUCGACAUCUACGGCGAACGACGAGCGAAGUGCAAAACUCGAGAAAAAAGUGGCCCAGGUGCAAAUAGUCGACCCGUUAAGCUCAGUAUGGAACGUCAGCACCAAUCCGUUGUUGGAGGACGACGGCUCGAUCAUGUUGGCUUUCCUGAACGUUGCUGGCGACCGGUCAAUCCUGGACGAUUCGGCCGACGGAAAAGUCCGCCUGGUUCGUGCUUUGACCGAAAUCGCCGGAACGCUCGACGACCGCGGCUCGCUCGCUAUCGCGAUGGAGUCGACGGUGUCGUUCAACUACAAGCACAUGACAGAUUCUCUGAAAGAAGCGGGGCUUGCACUUGAGGCGUUUCCCGUCACGUCCGUGUACCUCAAUAAGCUCGCCGGGCGAACUCCUACCGACAGCAAGCAGAGGAAGUACACCAGGCAGACAGCCUCUGUCCUUGUUGCGCACAAGACGGGCGAGCACACCUCUCACGCAUCAGGCCCUCAGUUCGACCCACCACGGAUAAGUCAACUGGAGGCUGUCGGGAUAAUUAUUUCGCAGAAGCAUCCUUCUGCGACUUUCCUUGCGCCUUCCAUGGCGGACCACCUGUUGAACAGGUUCACGUCCGCGGGCGACAAGGUACUUGUUUCUGCUUUCGAGGACAACAACCUUGCGAGCCUCGUACUGACCAGCGGACGCCGUCUUUUCGCCCUUGUAGGAGACCCCGCAAAGGCGGUCUCGGUAGGGAGGCAGGUCAAAUCCGCUCUUGCUACGGCUAUGACGGCGGGGUGGUUCAAAGCACUUGCUAAUGCUGGUGUACCGCUAGGCGGGAGUGUUUUGCCGGCCGGUUUUCCUUCGCACAACAUGUCCCAGGCUUCGCAGGUGGAUAUCGAGAACAUUCGACACGGCUACGACGAAGACGAUGAUGGAAGCGGCCCCGGAGGGUGGAAUUUGGAAUUCGCCAAACGUACCGCAGCGGAGUUCGGCCUGGAAAUCAGGGAUGCCACCAAGGGUGGCGGCCUGUGGACCAUCCAGGACCAGGAGAUCAUGCCCAUGUUCGGCCAGGGCCAGUAUGAGCUCUUGACUUCCGACCAGUUGCUGGCUGCCGUAGAAAAUGAUGGGAAGCCGCGCUACGUAGUGUGCGGUACGGAACUCCUCGCUGCAUUAGUGGUAGACGGGCAGUAUGAUGCGGGGAGUGGGUUAUUGCUUGUGCUGAGACUCGACCCGUCAUGCUUCCUAUACUACAUGAACGCAUGCGAUGCGGGUGAUAGCAAGGAAAAUAUCGAGCGAAGAGAUUUGUUCGGCACGAAGAGUCCUAACCAGGAAACGGCACCCGGGUUGUUGGCUGACGCGGAAAAUGGGUUAUCGUUUUCGAUGACCAGCCCUGUCACCGCUGGGACGGAACUGCUCCAUUAUUUUCCAUCACGUGCUAGUGUGAAGAGAGCUCGGAUUGGCGUUGAGGCUGAGGGCGGCGCGGGAGCAUCUCCUAGUGGUAGACGCACAUUAUUUAUUUGUAGUGUGAAACUGGAAUGUACCGAAAUUAAUUAA